UUCCUCUCAGUCUGUGUGACGUCAUUGCGUGACCAAUGGCGGACGGAGCCUGAGUGUUUAUCUAGCGAACGGAUUUUGUUUUACACAAAUAUACUUAAAUACUGACCGAUAAAUCAAACUUUAAUCAUUUCAGCUUAUCACACAGCUGCUCAGAUAUCCGUUAAUCGACUCGUCGUUCAGCUUGACGUUCGUCAUGGAUGUGAAUCUGACCAUCUCUCUUAUGCGCGGCCAGAUGGGCGCCGUCAUUGAGAAAGCAGUGAACGUGGCGGUGGAAACCGUGUUGGGGGAGAUGAUCCGAGUGGUCGGCCUCAAGUUUGAGGAGAUCAAACGGGAGAUGAACACGAAAGAAAAGGAAAAUGAGAACAUCAGGAGGAUGUUGGAGACGUCCCGCAGCCAGAUGAAAACAAUGCGCAAGUACAUAACCGUGCUGACUGCUAAAGAUCAAAACAGACUGUACCACGGAGAUAUGACACAACCAGUAGGCGUGCAUACACAAAGAGGGCCAACAAACACGGUGUCUAUGUGUGCAAAAGCCUCAAACCCGGGCAUCAGACCUAGAGUUACUGAACCUGCCCCUGUUGCUGGACCUUCAUGGGUUAGACAGCAUAUGCACGUGUCUAAAACUCAAAAUGUACAGGAGCCAAUGAGAAGUGAGAAUCAUAUUAGUGAUAUCCAUAUUGAAGAGAUCCAUGGUUCAUCAGCCCACAAAGUUGAUCAUUCAAGCCAUCAACUGGUGGACAGUCAAGGCCUGCUAUCUGAGACUAGUGAUCCAAUAUGGGGUCAAAACCCUCUGACUUCAUCAGAUACCUGUACUGAGCACACAGACAUGCCAGACACCGGUAUGCUCUCGACAUCUAUGAUGACUGAUGAUCCAUCCCAAACUACAGCUAGAAUGAACUUUGGAGCACCAUCAUUUAAGAUAAAAAAGGAGGAGCCUGAGGUUGAGAUUGUCUGUGUGAAGGAUGAACCCUCAGAGGCAGCCAGCAGUUCAAGAUUUGAAUAUCCCAACCAUGAACUUCAACAACAAGUGGGGGAACCUGACCUUGGGGUCCCACUAGAUCUACCUGGAUCCUUUCAGGCUCUUCAAAGUCCAAGCACCUCAGCAGAACUUACAAUCCCAGCCUUCGUCGGUUUGGACCCAUCCACCUAUGAUGACUCCCAGCUGUCCGUUGCAGGUGUCCAAAAACAGGUGCGUCCGAGGCGCAAGGACCUUAAUCUGUAUGAUGAAUUUAAACGCACCCGAACUCAGCUAAGAGGGCGCAACGCAAACCGAGGGCGUAACACAAACAGGCGACGUGAAGUGGAGCAGACGCUACCGCAGGCUCUUCUGGCAGACCUGGUAAGAGAGAGAAGGGAAAAAACCCGCCUUCGAGUGGCCCGCUGGCGUGCCAAGCGCAAAUUACAAGCCUGCUUGAUGGCCUCACAGGCUGCACAAUUCAACGGCGGUCCCGCGCAGGGCACACCCGCCCAGCACGCCGGUCUGAUUCCCGUCCGGAGGCGAGGCGGGAUGACGGGGCAGCGCGGUGGGCUUGCGUUCAGAAGGGGAAUCGCUGAGACUGGAACUUAUAACCUGCUUUUGCAGCUGGGACCGAGUUCAUCGCAGUCGCACAGCAUAAAUGAGGAUCCGAUCCAGGCGGGAUCUCAGCACAGAACGUCUGGAUCAAUGUAUCAAUGAUAAAGUUUAGCACCAUCUCUAUUUAAACACACCUGAACAAGCUAAUGAAGGUCAUUCGGGAUUCUUUAAAAAAUAUGGUUAGGGUUGGGGCUCGCACAUUGGCCCUUCAGGUGAAGUCGAACCGUUGGCGGAGUUUCACAAAGGUUAUUGUCAAAUCAAAAGCAAAGCAACCAUUUUCCCGAAACUAUGAACACAAACGCCAAGUCAUACGCUGUGCACACAUCGGAAAUGGAGACAUGCUAAAUAACCAUUGCUCAUGCAGUAUCUGCAAGCAUGACGACAACAUCUUCCUGUGAUGCUUCUCUUGUUUUCAGAAACACCUCAGCACAUUUUAUUCACGUUUAUGUAAAUGAAGCGGAAUUAGACUGUUCUGGUAAAAGGAUACAUUCGUCGAUUACUGUUACUACACCGGUUUCGUACUGUCAUAUUAUUUCUAAUAACAAUUUGGUUAUGCUGGCUCUUGUUUACUGUAAUUAUGAUUCGAGAAGCCUUCGUAGAAAUGCAGCAUUAUAUGGGCCGAGAGUAGCACGAUGAUAGCACAUCAGGGUUGAAGACACUGUCACUGUUGAAAUGAUGAUUUGGUCCAUGUUUAUUUGCCAUGACAACUAUACGGGCUGACUGUUGCAUUAUUUUAUGAUUAAUAAUUGCUGAAUGUCAGUGCUUUCUAAAUGAGUAUUCAGUGUGCAUUAACAUAUUAGCUUGUUAGAUUUUGAACAGAUUGGCAGUUUACCAGCUGCAUGUGUGAAGAAGCAGAUAGAGUUUUUAGUUUCAGGAAACGGUUGUGGUUGGUAAUUUUUUCUGACAGAAUAUUAAACAAUAAAUGUUUCAGUAUUAGAGAGAAAAGAAAACAAAGAGGUUGCUUAGUUUUGGUAGUGUUUACUUUUUGGUAACACUUUACAAUAAGGUUUCCAGAUUUGUUAACAUUAGUUUACAUGGACUAACAAUGAGCAAUACUUACAGAACUUAUUUCUUUUAGUAAAUGUUAUUUACCAUUUUUUUUUAAAUCAAAUUUUCUAUCAAGUAACGUUAUUAAAUGCACAAUAAACAUUUAUAAAUGUCGUAAAAAUAUGUUGCUCAUUGUUAGGUCAUGGUAGCUAAGGCAUUAACUACUAUGAAACUUUUUUUAAAGUGUUACUCACUUGACUACAACAUGACUUACAAAAAGUGCAUUAAAGGUACAAAUGUUAUAUAUUAAGAAAGGAGAGUUGGAGCUUUAAAGGUGCAGUGUGUAAAUUUAAGCGGCAUCUAGUCCACCGCGCACCCCUCUCUUUGAAGUAGCUACAUAGAGAAGUUACGGUGGGCGGCACAGGACAAACAUGUCAUCGUCUGAGACAGCAAAAGUGUAGCCAGUAGGGAUGAAUAACGAUUAAUUGUGAUUAUUCAAUGGCUAGGGGUGUCACGGUUCUCCAAAUCCUCGAUUCGAUUACAUUUUCGAUUUGAUUCGAUUCUUGAUUUUAAAUGCUAUGCCAUUUUUAGACUAGACUUUUGUGAAAUAUAAUAUCUGACCUUGAACCCAGAGAUGCCCUGUCAUGUUAGUCGUGUUGCCAGUGGAAAAAUAUGGUACACGCACAUACCUGAUAAAACAAAACUUCCUGUCAGAUGAACAUCUGUCAGUACUUUGCACCUUAAAAACGUGCUUUUAUUACCGUCUGACGAGAUUGUGAGACUAUACCCCAAUAAGUCAUGCUUAAAUGCUGUUUUCAUAAUUCUUAAGCAACUUAAAUAAGUUGUUGUGAAACUUAAACGGAUCUAAGUUCAGAGAAACGUCCGGUCCUGUCACAGACGCCGCUCUGCUGUGCACGCAUGCUCUGAUUUCAGCUGAAGGUGGGAGGCGCUUGCUGUUUUUUGUUUCCCAUGUAAAGAGCAGCUUGUGUGGUGUCUCCUGCAUCUGACAUGCUAUCUUUUAACUAACUGUAGCUAAUUAAGUUAUAGGAGGUUGACUCGCAGCACAACACGUUUUUUUUCCCACUUGGCAAGCCGACCGGACGUGACAUGGGGACGUGGCAGCAUCAACGAUUCAAUUUUUUUAUUCAAAGUUCGAGGUUGUGACUUAAUUUUGAUCGAAACCCUUAAUAAUAGCAGAAUAAAAGUUUUUGUUUACAUCAUAUAUGUGUGUAAACUGUGUAUAAUUAUUAUGCAUAUAUAAAUAUGCACACAUGCAUGUAUAAUUUUAAUAUAUUAAGUUUUGAUAUAUAAUAUAAAUUAUACAUAAAUAUACAAAUGUAUAUACAUAUGUAAACAUUUCUUAAAUAUAUACAUGUAUGUGUGUGCAUUUAUCUAUACAAAAAUUACUAUACACAGUUCAUACACAUAUAUGAUAUAAAAGUGUUUGUUUACUCUGCUAUAGAUUAAUCGCGAUAAAUUGUUAUGCAUCCCUAGUCAAGCAAUUACGGUUUCUUUGCGAAGAUUAAUGAAGAAAUUAUAGUAAAACGAUGUUAUUACAAAUAUUACUGUUGCUUGUUCAUUACAUUGAUUAUGCAAGGUCUUAAUACACCACUGAUAAUGUAGCUAUUGCAUUUCUGUCAAUAAAUCCUCCUAAAAUUUACACACUGCACCUUUAAGGAACAUGUCACAUAACUUAAACAAUAAAACAGUCCAAAUGUAUUAUAUAUAAAUCAAAACUACAUCUACAUGAAUUAUUUAAACAUGAGCAUUAAUGAUAGAAUAUGAUAAAUGAUUCAAAGACAAUAUUAUUCAAGAGAAUACACAGUGUUUCACAAAGCCUAAGAAGUACACUAAAACAUUUAUACUGCUUUUGAGGACGUACUCGCUUGUUUUGUAUAAUUGUAUUCAGGCAAGUGUUCAUUCAUUCAAAUCUCUGUAGUAGAAUAGGUUUAAUAUAGUUUACACUAAGUAGGAUGUGAUAAACGCUAUUAGCUUCCUACAGUUAUAAACUGAUUAUUUUAAUAUUCAGUGUCCUGAUUGUCUGUGGUUUUAUGGAGUUGAAAUGUUAUUAAACUAUUAAUGUUGCAGUAUCA